GGCCGGGCCUGAAAUGUGCACUGGCAAGCAGGUUUUAAAGCAGGCUAGGCUGCUGAUAGUUAUCUUGUGUGCUGCAGAAGGCGGCAGCUGGCUGCUCUCCCGUCAGCUGGAACUUUCUCCUAAGAACAGAAAUCGAGAAUUAUCUAGGAUGAUCCCCUUCCAAGAGAGAAAUGGAAGCCUUGGCAACAUGGAAUCCUUGGACAAGUGUCUGCAGGCCAAAAAAGACCUGGAAGUUGCGUUUGCUGAAAUUGUCAAAGCUGAACAGCAAGUCAAAGACAACUGGAAAGAGGUGAAAGCUCAGGUUCACAGCUGCAUCAGUCGCCACCUGGAAUGCCUACGAAGCCGUGAAGUUUGGCUGCUGGAACAGGUUGACCUCAUUCAACAGCUGAAGGAAGAGGCUUUGCAGCAACAAGCACAGCAGCUCUGUUGGUUGUUGGGACAGUUCAAUGGCCUCAUCCGCCAGCUGGAACAGCCUCAAAGUGGUGAUCUCACAAAUCAGAUUUCAGCGUGUUUUGAGAGUCUUGGCAGUUUGAAUCUCCAGCCGGAAGAAACUUCCAUCUUGAACUUUGAGGCUGAUGUGGUGUUUCUUCGCCAGGCAAUCACCUCGUUCGGCUCCAUUAGAACAAUGCAAACUUCCAAUAAAGAAGAUUAUGCCCCUUGGAUUUCUGUGCAGAACUGUCCUGUGAUGGCUAGUUUUGAAAAGCCGAAACCUUUCCGUGGAACGCUGGGUUGCCCUCUCUCUGACUGGCUUCUUGGAACCAAAUCCGAUGGUGCGUGCUGUAUCCCUUACAUUCCUAGCUACAAGCAGGAAGACUGGCUCUUGAAAACACAGGCUGAGGAGGCCAAUCAGGAUUUCAAGCCUUCGGAAGUGUGUUACUUGGAGAAAGCAUGGGGAAACCUGAAAAACUUGGAGAACUGGCUUUUGCAGAACCAACAGCGAGACCUUCCAGAGAGAACGGACCCCCGCCGACGGAAGAGCUCGACUUCUACCAUCGCUUCCACUUUGUCCAUUGAGAAGAUUGAUGAAUUGGAGCUCUUUGAGCAAGACGACACUGAUCUUUCUGAAUGGCUCCUCGUGCCUUCUGAACCCCAAAAUGAGAAUGCCUCCGACGAGAAGUGGAAAUGGGUUUUUAAGCCCUUCCGCGAGGAAUAUAACCCGAACGAUUGGCUCCCUAAAACCGAUUCUUGCAAUCAUUGUUGCGGCGGUCAAGCCACCGGGGUAGAGAUAGAAAAUCUCGGCAAUCUGAAAUGCCUUAACGAGCACUUGGAUGCGAGGAAGCCGCCAAACGCCGACAGCUGGCUUCUGCAGCAGCCGGAUUUCAGAGUCGAGGACCUAUGCAAAGCCAACGAGCCAUGUUCCAGCUUUUCCGAGUGUGCGUGUGACGAGAACUGUGAAAAGGAAGCCCUGUGCAAAUGGCUUCUUAGGAAAGAAGGCAAGGAUAAAAACGGGAUGCCCUUAGCAGAGGUCUCUGAACCAGAGGGACAUCAGCCUGUGCUGAACCUCUGGCUCCAUCCUUCUCGACAAGCGGAGUGGGAUUCGGCCAGCUCUGCCGUAAAACAGGACGCUGUCCGGGAGGUGGCAGAACCUCUGAAAGAAUUACAGCAGACCUCAUUGUCCUCUUGGCUAGCCAAGCAAGAAGUCAAAGCUUCACCUGGCGAAGAGAAGGCGAUCCGAGAGGAGGCCGGACUGAGCCAUAAGGGUUCCCUCCUGGAGCUGCUCAUGCCCUUCCACCUCCCUUUCAACAUAAACAGCUGGAUCUUGUCCUCAAAAAACGCAGAAGUCUCCAGCCAGCCUCUCGUGGAAGAUAAAUGGCUGCUACGAAAGAAAGCACACGACAGCAGCCUUCCUGCCGUUUGCGACCUGUUUGCCUGUAUGAACCUGAAUGGAGAUAGAGAAAAAUGGCUGUAUCAGACUCCUUUACAGAUGUGAAAAAAGUAAAAAACAACAACCCUGCAGUGUGAUCCAAUUACUUUGAUUUCCUGCUGAUCAUCGCACACCCUGGUAUGAGUGACUGCAGCCUGUCGCUUCUCCUGUGUUUUUGACCAUCUGUCUUUUCCAGAUUUUGAAUGUCACUUUAAAAGCUGUAUGUCGCUGGUGUUGGGCUGGAGAAAAUGGACCUUGGAGUCCUCAAACAGAAGUGCCCUUGUUGGGUUCCCUUGGUCUGGGACGUGAAGAGCCUGUUGCGACUCGUCUCAUGAAAGCCGUUAAAUUUAAAAGCCAGUAUUUUGAAAUAAAUUCUGACGGAAUGACCCUUAGCUGGAGUGGGAGAGGCAGAAUUUUAUCCAGAGCACGCACCAUUGGUCCUUUCCAGCUCCUAAUUUUAAAUAUAUUUACAAAACAUGUUCACGAGAUACAGCUCUUACAAAGUCAUUAAGACACUUCUGAAUUGUAUGUUCUGUAUAAUGUAUACACACUGUUCUCCGCUGAAAACCCUACAGAUUGGCAUGGGCACGUGGCAACUUUGGCGGUAUCCUAGUUAAGGUAACUAGGAUGGGAAGAGGGCGGGCGAAAUUGAGCACAGAGUGGAUGAAAUGUGUGUGGUUUUAAAUCCCAGUACUAAGUACAAGUUGUAUCCUUUGUAUAACAGAACAAAAAUUAAUUUUUAUUUCUCUCUCGCUAUGAAUUAUAGUUCCCUGACAGGUUGACAGUAGCCUUAGAAAAUUUAAUGCUGAACUUUGAAUACCACUUCUACCUGCUUCCACAAUUUCUGGGGGCAACUUUGAAAAGUUGUGAUGCUAAAAUUUUCAUUUUUUUAAAACAAAUGAAAAUUUUCUUUUUGAAGUGCUCUUGGCUUACCACAGGUACACUUUUAAUUGCUAGACAUUUCACAGGUAUAAUAGGCCUUCCAGCUGUCAUGAAAAUUAACUACUGCAUUCUCAAAAAUGUUAAAAUUCACAAAUUUGCCUUUCAGUGCUUAACAACAUAUCUGCUCAGGUUCCUGAGGGGGGUCUGUGGAAGACCUGACUGAUAUGUAAUGCAAUCAAACCCCCUUCCACUGUCUUUUAAGUUAAUCCAAUGUUUGUGAUGCUAAUGAAGUAUGCUAUUAAACCAUUGUGAAUAAAAAGUA